CACCCUUAGGCUCUGGGGCAACAGCAAAUGAAGCAGAGAUGAUGGGAGAUAAAAGACAAAACUAAGCAGAACAUGAGUUACCUAAACUAGGAUCGCUCAGUCAGCAGAGCAUGAGGCUCUUAAUCUCAGGGUUGUGGAUUUGAGCCCCAAAUUGGGCAAAAGAUUUCUGCAUUGCAGGGGGUUGGAUUACACGACCCCUUGCGGCCCCUUCCAACUCGACAGUUCCACAAUUCUAUGAGGCAGCCAUUUUUUGAUCUCCUGAAAUCUUUAGGUGCUUCAAGACGCUGUUUUGCCAUCAAAUACCACCAGCAAAUUCAGGCUACGCAGUUAAAGUGGAUUUGGUGCUCUUGUGCAACAAACCUAUUCCCUCACAAAAAAACAGACUUUGCGAUAAGGCAAAUGCCAGGAAAUUCUGCUGUAAAGUGUGAGAUAGCAAAUGUUUUCGUCAUGCAACCUCACUGAAAACAGAUCGGAGCGUAAAAGCAUCAAACGUCAUAAUACCACCCUGCAAACUUUGUGCAAUCAAAUCAGGAAGGAUGGUCAAUAAACAGGUCAUCUGGAAGCAACCUUUGUCUGAAAGCAGCAAAACCCUACUGGAUUGGAUCCAGACUAUAGCACUGGGGCGGGGGGAGGCUUAACCCUUGCCAUUCCAGGAUUGAGGGCUAAGCAUGGUGCUAUACAAACAGCCCUGGAUGAACAUAGAGUAGAUCUGUUUCAUACGUUGUCUGUGGCUCCUGACUGCCUGGCCACUUGAUGGGAGCUAAUCCAGUCCCAUUGAGCUUGGGAAGAUAUGGGAUGGCCAAGCAGGUACUUUUGUGUGUGUUACACAUUUGCUUCAAUGCGAUUCUGAUAAAAACCGAUAGGUGGUUUGCUCCCACCUGUUGCUGCUACUGCUGCUGCUGAGUAGAAGCUAAGAUGCCUCAACUCGAAAGUUUCGCCUCACUCGCAAAACUCAUUAGGUAGCCACAGGCAAAUAGCAAUCUCAGCCUUAGCUACUCAUCUGCAUUAUGAGGAUAAUGUUGUGCUUCCACACGGGGCUGCCCAAAGGAUUACUGAAGCACCAAGAAUGCUUGAAAUGAACAAUAUAAAUGCUAAGUGUUAUUACUAUUAUCCUACUCUAAAGGGAACCGGGGAGAAGAGAGAACUAAAUGCAUUUCCCCCUUUCCAUUCUCUCUGCAACAUCUGCUUCCCUAUCCAAUUGCCCUUUUCUCCUGUACACCCAGAGCUCAUUUCAAAUCCAGUUGUCAUAGAUGAUGCUCAUUUUGCGGGAGGAAGAGGGCGCAUUACUAGCCCGUCGGGGGGCUAGUCGGCCUCAGAUCCAUGUGAGGUCCCUGGCCCUCUCAGCAUGGUGGGCUAUCUCUGGCCCAGAAGUGGCCCAGCUGAUUAGAUUGAUGGCUUCCUGACGUCAGAAUGCGAUCCGUUAAAAGGUAUUUAUCUCAGGCUUGGGCCAAAGCUGCAGGAGAGAUUAAAAGAGAUUGAGGCCAAGAUAAUCCUUCUACAGCAGCAACCCAGAGCACAGCUGCCAAAAGGCCUUCGACCAAAUGCAUUUGCCAGUUCACCGCACACCUUUUUUUGUAGAAUACAGUUGCCUCAAUUAUUGCCCUAAGGUGUGUGUCCCCAUUGCUGCCCUUUUCCAGCCUAAGGUGGGGUUCGCCAAAAUACAAGAGGACAGUGGGUUUCGCCAGAAUACAACCUGCCUGCCUCUGGAUACCCCUCCAGACCCAUUCUCCAUAAAAUGGAAAAAAUAAAAAUGGAUGUAUAUUUUCUCCCUGGGAUCGUUUCUGUUAUCUUAAUGCAAAACACAAAUGAAUCACACCAACAUUCUCUGGAUGUGCUUCCCCCCUCCUCUUUCGAGAAAGCACAUAACUCUCCCUCUCUCUCCCCUCCCAACCUGCUUGCUUUGCAUUAAGUCCCAAUCCGAUUUCCCCAACUCUCUGGUGUCUGAUUUAAUUUGCCUGAUGCUGCUCCUGGAAUUGGCCCUCCCCCAAACCCCCACCCUUCCCUCCACAGUAUCCCAGCUCCCCACAGGGAGAUCUGUCCUGGGAGAGGAUGAGACGUUGAGAGCCAGCGAGAGAUACCAAGCGUGUGGACUGCCGCUGGUGCUGGAACACAAACCGCUGAAGUGAACUAGCAGUGGGAGCAGGUACCUCGUGGCCUGAAGGAGCCAGACCCCCCACCCAGGGAGCCAGGGGGUCCCGUGCAGGAGGGGUCAGCCCAUAGAGAACGGACCCAGGUGACCCCGAGUGGGAGGCCCAAAGCUAGCCUGUCAAGAUGGGUGAAAUAGAGCAGAUGAAGCAAGAAGCUGAGCAGCUGAAGAAGCAGAUUGAGGAUGCCCGAAAAGCUUGUGCGGAUACUACGCUUGCACAGCUUGUGUCCGGGCUGGAAGUGGUUGGGCGCAUUCAGAUGCGUACACGGAGGACUCUGCGUGGACACCUGGCUAAGAUCUAUGCUUGCCACUGGUCGACAGAUUCCAAGCUCAUGGUCAGUGCCUCACAAGACGGGAAACUUAUUGUCUGGGACACGUACACAACCAACAAGGUUCAUGCCAUCCCUCUACGCUCCUCCUGGGUCAUGACCUGUGCCUACGCCCCAUCAGGGAAUUUUGUGGCCUGCGGAGGUCUCGACAACAUGUGCUCCAUCUACAACCUCAAGAGCCGCGAAGGGAAUGUGAAAGUGAGCCGGGAGCUCUCAGCCCAUACAGGUUAUCUCUCCUGCUGUCGAUUCCUAGAUGACAACAACAUUGUGACCAGCUCUGGGGACACCACAUGUAUGCUCUGGGACAUUGAAACCGGACAACCGAAGACAACGUUCGUCGGCCACACUGGAGACUGCAUGAGCCUGGCCGUCUCCCCAGACUUCAAUCUUUUCAUCUCUGGAGCCUGUGAUGCCUCGGCCAAGCUGUGGGAUGUUCGGGAGGGCAGCUGCCGCCAGACUUUCAUAGGGCACGAGUCGGAUAUCAACGCCAUCUCUUUCUUCCCCAAUGGUGAGGCCAUUUGCACUGGUUCCGAUGAUGCCACCUGUCGCCUCUAUGACCUCCGGGCAGACCAGGAGCUCAUUGUCUACUCACACGAGACCAUCAUCUGCGGAAUUACCUCAAUCGCGUUCUCCCGCAGUGGACGGCUCCUGCUGGCUGGAUACGAUGAUUUUAACUGCAAUAUCUGGGACUCCCUAAAAGCAGAGCGUGUGGGAAUCCUGUCUGGACAUGACAACCGGGUGAGCUGUUUGGGCGUAACCGCAGACGGCAUGGCUGUGUCUACCGGCUCCUGGGACAGCUUCCUGAAAAUCUGGAACUGACGAGGAAAUGGGAGAAGGGAGACCUCCCCAGGCAUCAUUUAUUGCGUACUACUGGUUGCUUGUUCUAUGCAGACUUACUGAUCCAUAAGACACUUCCCUACUUAAAGGAGGUGGUCAGGGAAAGGGUCCACAGGCCAGUUUUCCCAACGCUUUUUCUUGCCCUCCCCCCCCACAACCCGAGCUCAGGGAUCCCCUCUUAGUGUGGCUGCUUCAGGGACACACAUCAGCGAGAGGCAGGCCACCUAUUCACUCUGCCAGCUUCCUUUACUUGAAGCUGCAGAAAACCCCUAGGCUCCCAUCAGGUUCCUGACCCUCCUCAAUCAGAAGAAGUCUCAUGCAUUCCCCAGUACCUUCAGUUUUUAAGAUUUCUUUUCCAUUUUUAUCCCAUUAGUUCACCCACAGACAUACCUCCACCUGUUUUGCCCUUUGUUAACCGAUCGCAUGCAUUUCUGUG